AGGGCAGAGGAGCGCACACAGGGAUGGGCACAGACAAUGAAAGGAAAAAGGGCAAAGACGGAACGACACAAUCAUCUGUCAGCUGCAGUAUAGUACACAUUAUGCAGGGAGUACAGCAGACUGCCUACAGUAUGUAUAUCACAUUGACAUGUGAGCGAGCAAUAAGCUCUGUGUAAAUAUAACUCUGAGUAAUGCAGUAAGAGUAGUGAGAGCCGCCGCUCCUGGUCACUGACAGACCUCCGCCUGACAUGAUUACGCAGCACAUUUGUUGCUGCAGAACCUUGACAGAACGAAAGUUAAUUAGCCACGGCACUAACUUGUCCUUUCCAGGCGUCCGUAGCUCCACGUUGGCCACGCAUGCGCAGCAGAGAGAUCCGGCCCCGCGGCAGUAGUGGCAGUGCCAGUGAUCAACUGGAAGCAGGAAGCGGGCUCAAUAACGCAGCAGCAGCGCUGCAGUCUCAGCGGCUGUAGCACUAUUUAUGUAUAAUCUAUGUGUGCCGGUAUAUAGGCGACAGUGUGUAGCCUGGUCUGCAGCUCCUCAGCAAUCGCUCACCGGUGGGAGGACAGAUAGCCACUAGCCGGGACCACUGUCACUGUACGGUCACCCCCAUCGCUACCACCCUGUAACGCUGCUGCUGCUGCUCUGUCCCCUCCACCUAUUACAAGAUGUUCAAGAAAUUGAAGCAGAAGAUCACUGAGGAGCAGUCCCCUGUACGGGGCAGCCUCAGCCCCCAACAGCAGGGACAGCCAAGAGCAUCGCCAACAGGGAACAGGAGUCGCACAUCUUCAUUGACCGAGCAGCAGGAUGACAGCACAGCAACUCCUGACAAAGAGCUGCUGGCCGGGAUGAUAGCAGAGCCUGCUUUACUCUCUGAAUACACUAUUUUUGCUCUGGACCAAACCAAAAGGUCCAAACCACAGAGUGGCAGUGUGAACAUGUCCAGGUCUGCAGACGGUGUAAACGGCAAUGACUCCACUCAGAAGAGUGAGGGACAAUCUUUUGCACAGAAGAUUCAACUUCGUGUCCCUUCAAUGGAGUCCCUAUUCCGAAGCCCAGUAAAGGAAACUUUGUUCCGUUCUCCGUCAAAAGAAUCUCUUGUUAGAAGUGGUUCUCGCGACUCCUUAAACCGGAUAGAGUUGGACAGUCCUGGUCCUGUGUUUGAUCCUCCCUCUGAUAUUGAAAGUGAGGCAGAAGAAUCAAUGAGCAAUCUGGAGGGGCUCAACAGAGAACAACUUUUUCAUCGAUUGCGUAGGAUGGAGAAGAGCUUGGGCAACUACAGAGGGAAAUAUUCUGAGCUGGUAACAACAUAUAGGACUGUGCAGAGGGACAAAGAGAAACUUCAGUCCAUUUUGAGCCAGAGCCAGGAUAAAGCAUUAAGGAGAAUUGGAGAACUGCGAGAGGAGCUGCAGAUGGACCAGCAGGCCAAGAAGCACCUGCAGGAAGAGUUUGACGCUUCCCUUGAGGAGAAAGACCAGCUAAUAAGUGUGCUACAGACUCAGGUAACCUUACUUAAACAACGGUUUGCAAAAGGACAAACAGACUCGGAGAUGAUCAGUUCAUCAGAGCAUGAAACUCAGAGCGCUGGGCAGGAGGAGGACUCAGACAACAGGUCUACACCUGAUGGAAGUGGGGACACUACAAAAACAUUAGAUGCUCUGCAAAUAAGAGUGAAACGACAGGAGAACCUUCUUCAAAGAUGUAAAGAAAAGAUUCGGUCAUAUAAGGACCAGUGUUCUCAGCUUAGCAGUGAAAAAGAUGCACUACAGAACCAACUUGAUGAGAGGCUCCAAGAGCUUGAAAAGAUUAAGGAACUUCACACAAGUGAAAAGACCAAGCUGAUAACCCAACUGAGGGAUGCCAAGAAUUUAGUUGAACAGCUGGAGCAAGAUAAGGGGAUGGUCAUUGCAGAGACAAAGAGGCAGAUGCAUGAAGCGAUGAUGAUGAAGGAAGAGGAGGUUUCUCAGCUUCGUACACGGGUCAAGCAGUUAACUACAAAAUGCGAUCAACUACAAGAGCAGAAAGAGAAAUCGGAGAAAGCUGCAUUUGAACAACUGGAAAGGGCUGUAGGUGCCUCACAGAGCUCCGAGGAGGCUCAAAAAAAAGGCCAGCAACAAAUGGAAGAUCAAAUUAAAGCCAUAGAGCAAGCUAGUGAGGAAGAGCGUCUGAAUCUCCAAAAGGAGCUUAGUCGUGUCAAGCAGGAGGUGGUAGACAUCAUGAAGAAAACUUAUGAUGGGCGUGUUCUUGAAUUGGAGAAAUUACACGCUGAAGCAUUGCAGAAUAAAGAGCAGGACUACAAGGAAAGACUUAGAAAACUGGAAGAGGAGUACCAAGAAAGGUUAAAAGCAGAUCUGAUAAAGGGUCAAGAGGAUCAUUUAAAUACUAUGCAAGAAAAAGAACAGCAGGCACUCCUAGCUUUAGAAGAAAUGGAGCUUCAGAAGAAAGCCAUUCAGUCUCAGACUGAAAACCAACUGCAAGAAAUGCAGCAAGAACUUGAAGAAUGUCGGACGAGGAUUCUUGAGUUAGAGAGUUUUCUUGCCAAAACAUCCCAAGAUAGUGAUAGCAAGUCAGAAGAAAUGGCCACACGAAUAGAAAAUGAGACAAACAAGCACAAUGCAGAAAUCACUGAGAUUAUUGAAAAACACAAGCAAGUGCUUGAACUUCGUGAGCAGGAAAGUGAAAAAAACUUAAAAGAAAAGCUUGAAAGUCUGAAACAAGAGCAUGAAGCAGCCAUCACUGCAGUAAAAGAGAAAUUUCAGAAAGAAUGUGAUCUGCAGAUAAAAGAGAAGGAGCAAAUAUUCCAGACCCAUAUCGUAGAAAUGAAUGAGAAAACUUUGGAGAAGCUAGAUGUGAAGCAAACUGAGCUGGAAGCUCUGUCAUCUGAGUUGGGUGAAGCUCAGAAACUACGUCAGGAAAUUGAGGUGAAACUUUUAAUGUGUCAGAAUGAGAUGGACAAACUGAAACAGGAUUUUGUGUCUAAGCAGGAUGAGUUGGAGAAGCAGCACAGAGAGCAUGUUGGUGCUAUUGAAAAAGAGAAGGAGAUGAUGACUGAGGGGGUAGAAAAAGGUUUGAAGGAAGAAAUCAAUCACUUUAAACUUUUGCUAGAUGGGAAGGAGCAGGAGCUAGAACUCGAGAAGCAGAAGUUAAAGGAAGCUGUUGAAAAGGCUAAUGAAGACUCUAAAUCUGUCUCUGCCAAGCUAGAUGAGCUGCGCUGUUCACACGAGAAGACACAGGAAGAUGCAGAGACUUAUGCUGCCCAGUUAACGACCAUGCAAGAGAAGUUGACUGUUCUAAAUGACGAGAGAGACCAUUUAAAAAAUUUAGUGGAGGAAAAAGAAUCCAACCUGAAGAUUCUAAGUGUGAGUCUUGAUUCACAUAAAGAGCAGGUACAAACUCUUGCAUUGAAAAUUCAAGAGCAAACCAUACUUAUGACUGAUCAACUAAACUCUCUGACAUUGCAAUCUGAGACCAAGAUCAAUGAGUACAAGUGUCAGAUAGAUGAAUUGGCCAGAAUUGUUUUAGAGAAGGAAAUUGAAACACAGGAUCUCAAAGAAACUCACAAUCAGCUUAUUUUAGAGCUCAACCAAACUGUGUCUUCCAAAGAGAAGAAAAUUGCAUCUUUACAAGAAGAAUACCAGGCAAAAGCCAAAAGCCAGGACAGUAAGAUUGAAAAAAUGAAGCAAAGAAUUAAAGAAAUGCAAGAAACCUCGAAGAAAAGAUACUCUGAGAUGGAAAGUAAACUGAAAAUAGAGUUGGAAAAGAAACAACUUGAACUUAAUAAUAAAGAAAAGCAAUUUAAUGAAAAAAUGCUGGAAAUGGCACAUGCCAGCUCAGCUGGGAUUAAUGAUGCAAUGUCUCAGUUGGAGCAGAACCACAAGGAGCAGAUGCAGAGUAUAAAAGAAACUCACCAGCGAGAGAAAGAAGAGACCAUACAGACCUGGGAGAAGAAGCUAAACCAGCAUGCGGAAGAACUGAAGGAGAAACAUGAAGUAGAACUACAGGAAAAAGACCAAGAGGUAGCAGAGUUUAAACAGCUGUUCACUAAUAUGAGUAAAGAAAAAGAGGAUGCAGACAAACAAAUAAUAGAGCUGAGGGAAGAAAAAAGUAAGUUAGACAUCUCUUUCCAUGAAUUACAAGACAGGUUAAAUCAAGCAUCUGCUCAAGUUCUCACUUUGACUCAGAGUGAAACUAAUGUCAAAUCUCAGCAUGACAAAGUGCAAAAUGAAUGCAUGUCGCUCAUGAAUGAUAAAAACAUCCUUGAGGAGCAACUUGACAAACUGAAAUUAACAAUAGUAGAGAGUAAGAGCAGAGUAGAUGAAUUACUCGAUAAACUACAAGAAGCAGAAGCAAAGUGUCAAUCAGUAGAGACUGAGUCUGCCACACUAGCUAAAGAAAUGGCAGAAAAGCUGUUACAAAAGGAAUCUUGGUGCAAUCAACUAAUACUUGAUCAAGAAAACAAAAUGGAGUCCUUCUGCAAAGAGGUUGUCUUGCUGCUGGAGUCAAUGACUUCCGGACUAAGUAAUAAAUAUAAUGAUCACAUUAAUAGAUUGAUACUGAGGAUUACAUACUGUGAACAAGGGGCAUAUAAAUUGAAAGAAAAUAUUUCUAAGCAUGUGCAUAAAAUCCAUGACCUAGAGACUCAACUUGAACAAAUAAUUAAAGAAUAUACUUCAGUAAAUGUAUCCAUGACCCUGGCCACUCAGUUAUUGCAGGAAAAAGAAAAUGUGAUUUUGUCUAUGAAGGAUGAGUUGAACGUUCUUACCACGGAGAAAGAGGUCUUACAGAAAGAAGAGGGCAACCAGCAGAAAGUUGCUGAUGAAAAAGAAUUGUGCAUUACACAAUUAAAGAAAGAUCUGUCAGAAAAUAUCAACACUCUUAUGUCUUUGUCGGCUACACUGAAAGAGAGAGAUGCUGAAGUAAAUGAAUUAAAAGCAAAACUCGAGAACAGUGUAGACUUGGCAGAAAAAGAGAAGACUGUAAGUUAUCUAAGUACUCAGCACAGGGAAAGUCAGCAACAGCUGCAGAAUCAAAUCCAAGACCUAAUGUCUAAGAUAGACGUUUUAAAUAAAGAGAAAACAAGUUCUGUAGAAGAAGUGGAUAAAUUAAGAAACAAGCUGGAGGAAUGGAGGAAAAAAGCAGAACUCCGGUUUACCCAAAACCACCAAACAAUCAAAGAUUUGCAAGAAAAGAUUGAAAUGAGUAAUAAACAAAUUUUGGAGAAGGAUGAACAAAUUCAAAAGAGUACAGAAAACUUUGAAACUCAUCGUCUGAACACAGAGGCGGAUUGGGCCAAGAAGAAUAGCAAAGAGCUUGAAUUGACCACACAUAUUGAAAGCCAAAAUUCAAGAAUUAAGCAACUGGAGGCAGUAAGAGACAAACUAACAGCUGAAAAGACAAGUUUAAUGGAAGAGGUAGAAAGACUCAUUCAGCAACAGAGUAUGGAAAAAAAGGAACUUGUACAGCAGCUUCACCAUAUCCAAAGUGUGUCCUCAGAAAAAGACAAUAAUUCUGCAGAAGCACAACAAGUGCAAAGACUAGAAAAGGAUAUUGUAAGCUUGAAAGAAGAGUAUAAUGCAAAAGAAAUUGCAUGGGAACAGCUAAAAACAGAACUUACUGAUAGCAAAGAUAAAGCACUCAAAGCAUUGGAAGACAGACUUACUGCUGAAAACACCAAAAAGAUGGCAGAACUAAAGAAAAAAGCAGAGCAGAAAAUUGCUUCUGUGAAGAAGCAACUCAUGUCUCAGAUGGAAGAAAAGGAAAAGUGUAGGCAAGAUCUGGAAAUACAACUUAAAAAAGUAAAGACACAAAUGCAGAGUGAAGGCCAAGCACUACAGGAAGGUCUGAACCAAGAGAAAGAAGAACUUGAGAAGAAAUACUCAUUGCUGCUAGAGCAGCACCGUAACAAAGAAAGCGAAUUGUCUAGCAUAAGAGAGGAGUUGAUGUUAAAGGUCCAGAGUCUCAAAGAGCUAGAAGACGCUAUUGAGAUUAUUCAGAACAAAUUCUGCGAAAGUGAGCAGAUGUUGAAAGACAAAGAGUUGUCCAUUGAGAAAGAUAGGGAAGCUGAGAAGUUAAACAUAGAUCAGUUAUCUUCCAAACAUAUGGAGGCUUUGGUCUCUCUAAAAGAACAGUUAGCAGCCAAAGAUUCUGAGUUAAAAGCUUCAAAUGAAAGAAUGCAACAGAAAUCAAGGAUGUAUGAAGAACUACAGGUACUUUUUGAUGAAAUUCAGUCUCAGGAGAACACAUUGAAGCUGAAACUUCAAGAAGCAGAAGGUAACAUAGAAAAAUACAGAAAGGAAGUCACCAAGCUUCAGAAAGACAUGCGGACUCUACGAAAGGAACACAAUCAAGAGCUAGAUUUGCUAAAAAAGGAACUGUUAGAAGAAGCUGAACAGAAAAUUAAAUAUGAGCAGGAGGAUACACAGUUAAAGCACAACUCCGCUUUAAAGCAUCUCAUGAGGGAAGUCAACACACAGAUGGCGCAAAAAGAGCGUGAACUUGAAACCGCUGUCCAGGAGACAAUUGGCAAAGCACAGGAGGUUGAGGCUGAAUUAAUGCAAUCACAUCACAUAGAAACAACUCAGCUCCAUAAAAAAAUUGCAGAAAAAGAAGACGACUUAAAAAGAACAGUUAAAAAAUAUGAAGACAUUUUGGAGGAGCUGAACAGACUUUACAUGGAUCACAUAAAAUUGUAUUCAAUUCAUUGGAAAAAUGUACUCGUCCUUGCUUGGUCUGAAGAGGCUCGAGAAGAAGAAAUGAGCACAAAAGUGACUGAACUACAGGAGCAGCUGGAGAAAUUACAGGAAGAGCUAUCAAGGAGACAGGAGGAGGAGGCAGCUCAGGAUGGAGAGGAGUCCGAUCACGAGGAACUACAGACACAGCUGGCGAUGAAAAGCACACAAUUAAAUGAAGCUAAAUUGAAAGAACAGGAACUAAAGGAAAAGAUGAAUAUCUUGGAAGACCAGUUGAAAAAUUAUUCACGUGGUGUGUUUGUCACUCCGCUUGGAACUCCGUAUAAAGAUGUCAAUCAUCGGUACACUGAUGUAUCUGUUUUCGGAGAGCCUACUGAAUUUGAGUAUUUGAGAAAAGUAAUGUUUGAGUACAUGAUGGGACGGGAAACUAAGACAAUGGCAAAAGUAAUUACUACAGUGCUAAGAUUUCCAGCUGAUCAAGCUCAGAAGAUCUUAGAAAAAGAAGAAGCGCGACCUGUGUUUACCCCGCCUCGCAGUGGUAUCUUCUGAGCCAGUCGGUGCUUAGUUAGCAUGCGGUCCUGGUUGAGACCUACUUCCUGAAAACUAUUUUGAUGCUCUUUUCAAGAUGCUGCUUUCACUGGAUAUAUCAGCAUUGAUUUCCUCCAACAACUUGGAAUUAAAAACCAAAUCUGUUCAACAAUCAAGAACUGUUACCGAUAAUUGCCUUGAGUUGAGCUACAUAGUUACCAUUUUUUGCAGAAAUACUUAUUUUUCUCCAAAGUCAUAGAUACCAAGGGUGUUCUGUACAUUGAAAUAUUGCCUGCCAUAAAAUGAAAAGUAAUACUGUAGAAGAUAAGAAUAAAAACGGUUUGUCUAAAUGACUUUGUACUGUUCAAGGAACUUGUAAACCUCAAACAGAUUGCUUCAUACAUAUCUCUAAUUAAAUUAACAAUUCAAGCAUAUUCAGGCACAGUGUGGCAUUCCUCUUAACCUACUGAACACCACAGGCCUUCAUCACCUCCUCAUUUGGUGGAAGGCACCAGUUGCUGCAACCUCAUUGAUUUAAUCUAUCCAGAAAUCCACAUCUUAUUCAUUUGGAUAAAUUAAAUGAUAGCAAUUUCUAUUAAGUUAACUACCUUUUAAACCUGUGGGUUUAUGUUCUGUUUUUUUUUCUAUUUUGUGUGAAAUAAUUGUGCAAUAUUUUAUUUGGGGAGAAAUUGUGGUACAAAUACACACACGCACAUAUAUACAGAUACAUGCACAUACAUAUUUAUAUAAACACACACACACUAAUAAUUUAACUGCUUGGUUAAACUCCCCUUUCAUCCAUGUUUGAUUUUGUUUGCUAUGGGCCAGUUCUAUAAACUUUCAUCUAUGAUGAAGUAUCCUAAAUUGGAGUACCUCAUUGGGUUUCUCUUAGCUUUUGUACCUAUAUUUUUCAGAGAUUGAAUACACUACUGUAUAUUGUAAAUAGUUAACGCAUACAUGUAUUAUAAUGCUGUUUGUGAUGGUUUCUAUGUUAAUCCUGGAAAGAAGAGUAAAAUAAAUUUUAUUUCCUAAACAUCA